AUUUUUAAUUCUAACACUUCCGGCGACAAAGACACCGCAGUUGCUCCACGCAGACGAACCAUUCACCCGGUUUUUUUCCGUCCGCCUUGUGCUGCCAGCAAAAAACGUAAGUGGCUGCGCAGUGGAGUUUCUUUUUAAAUGCCUUUCCAGUUGAAGUAACCCCCCCCCCCCCCUUCUCUCUCUCUCAUUACUACUGAGCUCUCUCAUCCUGUUGCACUGCGAGCGGAGAGCGAGCUUCUGGAACUCUUUUACGCGUGUACUUUUUACAACUUGUUUUAGUGUCGCUUUAAGGAACCAUGUUUUGGACACUCCUGUGCGUAAUCGCAGCCUUUGCGUCCGCGCCGGCCGACGCGCAGAUCUCCAGCCGGUUCGUCGUCGGAUGUCCCGCUCAGUGUGACAAGUCGAUGUGUCCCCGGAUGCCGGCGCACUGCCCGGCGGGGCAAAUCCUCGACGCCUGCCACUGCUGCCAGGUGUGCGCGUCCGGCGAGGGCGAGGCGUGCGGCGGCCUGGGUAAACUCGGGGACCCGGUGUGCGGAGAGGGGCUGGAGUGCUCGGUCUCCGCCGGGGUGGCGUACACCACCACCGUGAGGAGGAGAAGCAAGAGCGGCACUUGCGCCUGCAAAUCCGCCGAGCCGGUCUGCGGAAGCGACGGGGUGUCCUACCGGAAUGUCUGCGAGCUGAAGCGGGUCAGCCGGCGGGCGCAGAAGCUGCAGCAGCCACCUGUUGUUCUCAUUCAGCGGGGAGCCUGCGGGAAAGCUCGGGACAACCCAGACAGCCCAAGACACAAGUACAACUUCAUCGCCGACGUGGUGGAGAAAAUCGCUCCGUCUGUUGUUCACAUUGAACUUUUCCGCAAGAUGACCUAUUCCAAGCGGGAGGUGGCGGUGGCCAGCGGUUCUGGCUUUGUCGUGGCAGAAGAUGGACAAAUUGUGACCAACGCCCACGUCGUGGCCAACAAGCACCGAGUGAAAGUGGAGCUGAAGAGUGGCGGCACGUACGACGCCAAAAUCAAAGACGUGGACGAGAAAUCCGACAUCGCCCUCAUCAAGAUCGACGUACCGACCAAGCUUCCCGUUCUUCCGCUGGGCCGAUCGUCCAACCUGAGACCAGGGGAGUUUGUGGUUGCUAUCGGCAGCCCCUUUUCCCUCCAGAACACCGUUACCACGGGGAUCGUCAGCACCACUCAGCGAGGCGGCAGAGAGCUGGGCCUACGCAACUCCGACAUGGAGUACAUCCAGACGGACGCCAUCAUAAAUUACGGCAACUCCGGAGGACCUCUAGUAAAUCUGGACGGCGAGGUGAUUGGGAUCAACACGUUGAAAGUGACGGCCGGCAUCUCCUUUGCCAUUCCUUCAGACAAAAUACGCGAGUUCCUGGCAGAGGCCUACGACAGGCUGUCCAGAGGGAGAGCGGCUGCUAAGAAGAAGUAUAUCGGCGUGAGGAUGAUGACUCUCACUCCCUCGCUGGCCAAAGAGCUGAAGACCCGACAUCUGGACUUCCCAGACAUUACCUCUGGAGCGUACGUCAUGGAGGUCAUCGCAAAGACACCGGCUGCAGUUGCUGGACUCAAAGAGCAUGACGUCAUCAUCUCGGUCAACGGCCAGAGGAUCUCAUCCGCGACCGACGUCAGCGCCGCCGUCAAGCGGGACGGCAGCUUGAGAGUAGUGGUGCGGCGCGGAAACGAGGACGCCAUCCUCACGGUGGUUCCCAUGGAGAUCGACCCUUGACCCACGACAAAUGCCACCGCAGGAGCCGGAGCUGGGUUUUACUCAUCACCAGUGGACCUUGUAUGGGAGAGGGGCUUCCAACCGGUUAGCGCCCUCACCGCGUGGCCGAACGCUAGCGGCGCCACACAUCCAGGAAUAAUCUGGCUUUGCCUUGAAAGAAAAUGACUGUACAGAUGCUCAGUGCUGUACUUUGUUCUCUGUGUUUGUUUUAACUUUUAGUCUCUAAUGCUUUGAUCAGUGUUGCAACUGUUCGGUCACAAAGAUACGAAGUUGGUUAUUGGCAUUUUAUUUGUAUCUGCCUUCUCUUGUGUCUUUUGCAAUACGGACUGCUGCUCAGCGCGGCCUUCCGCUGCAAUUUCAAGCAACUCAGAGACUCGCUGGGGAAAUCGGAUUUCUAUAAUUGUUGUUUUCUAAAUUUCUUUUGUAAAGUACUGUAGAAAUUGUGUUUUUGGUUGAUUAUCUAAUGUGUACUGAGAAGAAAAUAAAGGGUUUACCUUUUUUUUUUAAUACAAA